CAUUAUCUUCACGUCUAAGAACUAUUUUGCUUGCCCGUGUUCUCACAUCACAUUCCAUCUCUUCAGCACGAAAACCUACGGACAUCAACAGCGAUCGAGCGAAGGGCCAAAAAAAAUACGAUCUUUGAUUAAUUGCAGCGGUUGUUGUCCAUAAAAGCGGGAUCGACACCAAAUAUUUUUUCCUCCAUCACCAACCCCCACAGAAAUCUUAUAAAUUUCAUUCCCUCUCCCCUUCCCCUAACCACCACCUUCAAAAGCCACCACAUACCAAACCAAAGUAAACAAAAGCACAGAUUCAUGCCGCCCAACAGAGCUCCCCUUCUUCUCCUCCUCUUCCUCGCCGCAUCCACCGCCACUUUCGCCGCCGACCCCGACCUGCUCCAAGACAUAUGCGUCGCCGACCUCAACUCCACGAUAAAAGUGAACGGUUUCGUGUGCAAGCCGGAUGCUGCUGUUACGGCGGAGGACUUCGCCUUCAAAGGACUGGCGAAGCCAGCGGUGAUCAACAACACUCUGGGCUCCGUUGUGACGCUCGGCAACGUGGAAAAGAUUCCCGGGCUAAACACCUUGGGAGUCUCGUUAGCCCGCAUAGACUACGCUCCCGACGGCCUCAACCCGCCCCACACGCACCCCCGCGCCACCGAGAUCAUCUUCGUCCUUUACGGCUCCCUCGACGUGGGCUUCAUCACCACCGCAAACAAACUCAUAACCAAAACCAUCGCAGUCGGAGAAACCUUCGUUUUCCCCCGCGGCCUCGUUCAUUUUCAGAAGAACAAUGGGGAUAAACCCGCCGCCGUGAUUUCCGGAUUCAACAGCCAGCUUCCAGGCACACAACCCAUCGCUACUGCGCUCUUCUCCGCCUCGCCGCCAGUCCCGGAUAACGUUCUCUCCAAGGCCUUUAGGAUUAGCGCCAAGGAGGUGGAGAAGAUAAAGAGCCGUUUCGCUCCCAAAAGCUAAGGAAUUAAAAAAACAAAAAAAGAAGAUGUUUGCAAGUUUCAAUAAUUGUUCUGCAAUUCCUCCUCUGUUCCUCUGGUUUCUAUUGUAUGUAUUGAAUUCUUUUUUUUCUUUGA